AUGAUGCAACCAAGAGUUAAAAGACAUAUGCAAAAUGCUAUUCAACCAGUUGAAAACAUAAACGAAGAUGCUGCUUCUUUGCCAUCCGUUGCCAUGAGAAUCAGAAAAGCAGUUAGUGAAGGGUACAAGUUGCCAGGUGAUAAUACCCAACAAUUUGGUGGUAGCUUUCAACGAGUUCCUUUGCCAAGUGGUUUGACGGCUCCACCAGACUUGGUUAAUGGCGAAUCAACAAGAACUGUUUCGAAUCUCGAAGAGUGGGAUAGCUAUUACAAGAUUCAAAAUGCUCCUUUACAAACAUUAUCAGAAGGCAACAACUACUUGAAGAGAAAAUUCGAAGACGACCACGAUUUGGAUCUCAGUCAGUAUCAAGCAAAAUAUGGUGAUUUGAAAUUCAAUGAAGAGUUUUAA